AUGGCAGUCCCCAUCUGCGCCAGAGGACCUGCGGCGGUGCUCCUGCAGUGGGCCAGAAUGGUGCCUCAAACUAAUGGGUCUGGCACGAUAACCAUGCCUCCCCGAAGAGAAGCAAUAGGUUGCACAACUAGGAGAAACGUAGAGGAACCAGUGUUGCCCAAUGCACCUGAAGUACAACCGCAAGAAGAAGUUUCUAAUGUUGAGUUUAGAGAGGCAAUAAGGAUACUCAGUCAAGUUGAAACCAAUCAAGUUGGCUGUCCCGAUGAUCUUGAGGUGGUUAAAGAAAUGAGGAGUAGGAUGAACUUGUUUGUCCCUGGCUUGGGUCGUGCAUCAACAAAAGUGGGCAGAGCUGCAAUGCUGAUAGGUGACAUAGACAUAUCCAAGUUGAUGGUUUAUGUGCAGGAGGAUGAAGAGGAGAAGCUGAGGGACAUAAAAGCGUGUAGAAAUAAGACAGCUAAGAUAGGGAAUGAGUCCAGGCAACAGAUGAGUAAUGCCAACCGGUCAUCCUUACAACAGAAACAGAUAGGUCAUGCCCCAUCAUCUGCUAGUGCACCUACACUUAAGAAAUAA